AUGUCUGAAGAUCUCUUUAACGUUCCAAUUUUUUUCAUCUUGUUUCGUGAGACAACUGAGGCAGCCAUCAUUGUCUCAGUGUUGCUCUCUUUUCUGAAAAAGAUGUUCAACCCUGAAUCUCCUACUUAUAAGCGUCUUCGCAAUCAAGUGUGGAUUGGCUCUGCUGCUGGCCUGUUUAUUUGUAUAUGUAUAGGUGCUGCCUUCAUUGCUGUUUACUAUACUGUCCUCAACAAUCUUUGGGGAAACUCUGAGAAUAUCUGGGAAGGUGUCUUUUCUCUCAUCGCUGUCAUUAUGAUCACUGCUAUGGGUCUCGCCAUGCUCAAGACUGAACGUAUGCAAGAAAAAUGGAAAGUCAAGUUGGCUAUCGCUGUGCAAAAGUCUACAAAAGAAAAGUCUUCAUUUAAAGAGAAGCUUCAAAAAUAUGCCUUCUUCUUCUUGCCCUUCAUCACUGUUCUCAGAGAAGGCCUCGAAGCUGUUGUCUUCAUUGGUGGUGUUUCUUUGGGUAUUUCUGGUAAAUCUAUCCCUAUUGCUGCUAUCAUGGGUAUCGUUUGUGGUGCUUUGGUUGGUUUCCUCAUUUAUCGUGGUGGUUCCUUGAUUCAACUUCGUUGGUUCUUUGUUUUCUCUACUGUCAUUCUUUACCUCGUUGCCGCUGGUUUAAUGGCCAAGGCUGUUGGUUUUCUUGAGCAAAACUCUUGGAAUAAUGUCAUUGGUGGUGAGGGAGGCGAUACCAUUUCUUACAGAGUUACUACUGCUGUCUGGCAUGUCUCUUGGGGAGACCCAGAGCUCCGCGUUGGCUCUAACGGUGGCUGGCAAAUCUUCAAUGCCAUUCUUGGUUGGAACAACACUGCUACUUAUGGUACUAUCAUCAGUUACUGUCUCUACUGGUUGUUUGUCAUUGGUUACCUCGCCUAUUCAUUCUUCAAGGAGAGACGCAAUGCUAUCCGCAAGGCUGAAGCUGGUGAAUGGGAUGAUGGAGAUGCCGCCUUGGAAGAGGCCAAGCAAUAUAUUGAUGAAACUGGUGAAAUUCGUGCUGUCAAUGUUGAUCAAGAUGAAGAAACCAAGGACCAUCAUCCUGAGACAAUCGAAGUUGUACCUACCCAAGCAACUGCCAAAGCUUAA